AAAAAAAAAAAAAAAAAGCAAAUAGAGGAAGAAAGCAAUACAAGUCCUUUUUUUUUUUGGUAGUCCAAUAUUACUUUAUUCUUACAGAAAGUAUCAAAUUGAUAAAACCCACAUUUAUAUAAAGUUGAUUUCCUUUAAAUAAUAAUGAAGUAGUAAAUGAGAGAAAGAGAGUAAAAAAAAAAGUAGGAUGAGUCAUGUAUUCGAAGACAAAACAUUUACACGUUUUGUAUACUGUGAUAAUUGUAAGCAGUUAUUAUGGGGAUUAAAGAAACAAGGUGUUGAGUGUAAAGAAUGCGGCUAUAUUUGUCAUCGAAAAUGUCAAUUAUCGGCAUCUGUUUGCUCUUCAGCUAACUUGAAUGAAUUCUUAAAUGAUUCAAGUCACCCAGACUCACUCGCAGAGAAUUAUCUUCGUCAAUUAUCACAUAAAGUAGGUUCUGACCGUAGUUCGAUAAUAUCCUCAACAGCAACAUUGAAAAAAUCAAAACAGCAACAUAUUAACGUUAACAAGUCAAAUGUGUAUAAUUCUACAUUAGAUCAUAUUAAAGCUAUAGCAGCUUCAGAUAAAUUACAUAACAUAUUAGCAGAAGCGGCUUUAGCAGAACAACAAAUUCCCGUAAAUGCUUAUUUGGCAAAUCAAGCAGCACUUAAUCCACAAAUUACUGCUAAAAACUUUACUCGAUUCGUAUCUCGUUGUGGACCUGUGUUUGCAUUUCGAGACGAAUUAUUACUAUUACUAAGCUGGAAGAAUCGUACUGAUACCUUUGUGUCUUUGAUCAUCUAUUGCAUUAUUUGCUUAUAUCCAAAGUUAUUAUUCUUUAUUCCUCAACUAUUACUUUUGUACUUUAUCGUAGUUAGCUAUCCAAAAAGCAAAACAAAUAAAGUAUCGUCUUUCAACACUAUGGAUAAUAAAAAAGAAACCUUCAAAGAUUAUAAUAAUAAUGCAAUAGAUAUAAAGUCAGCGACUCAUAGUCACACCGAUAAUGAAAAACCCAUACUACUCAAAGAAGAAGAAGAAGAAGAAGAAGGAAAAGAUGCUGCUGCUGCUGCUGCUUAUAAAAAAAAGCAAGAUAUACCUCCAUUGUUUUCUUUUAAUUUUUCAACUUUAUUUCAGCCUGCAUCUGAUGAAUCACCCGAGUAUUUACGUAAUCUUCAAAAUUUACAAAAUACAAUGGGUGAAUUUAGUGAUAUUUAUGACUGGAUUGUCGAGAAAUCCGAUUAUUUCAACUGGUCAUCCGAGACGAAAACAAUCCGUAUUCUUCAGUUAAUUUUGUUUCAAAGUUUUGUAUUUGGAUUUGUACUUUAUUGUGUUCCUAUUAAUUACCUCUUUUUAUUUUUCGGUUUAAUUGUAUAUGGACUCAACACUCGAUUUGCAAAAUAUGUGAUAAAGGAGACUAAGCCUUACAUGAUUCAAUUUGGGAAAAAGAAUGCUAAGGCUUUAAUGGAUUGGUAUAUUGAACUUGAAGAUCAACUAGAGCAACAAGAAUUACUAAAAGAAAUUUCUGUAUUUGAAAACCAAAAGUGGUGGGCAAUGCGUGGUUAUUUGCAUGAGAUGGCAAAAGAUGAAAGAUCCUCUUGGUCAGAUUUUACAGGCACUGUCUAUAUGCCGAUUAUUACAGAAAUACCUCCACCAAGAGGUUAUCAAUGGAAAGAAUCAAGUGAAUGGGUAUUAGAUACUACUGGUCCCUGGGUAGACACUUAUUUAGGAAUAGAAGUAAGGCUUUGAUAGCUAUAUGAUACUAAACUAUAUAUCAUAUAAUAACAAAUGUAUUAUUUUCUUUGAAUAGAUUAAUGUUAAACCUGACGACGAUGGAUGGAUAUAUAGUGAUGAUAAUUGGAAUAUAUCGAUACCACAAAUAGAGCCUGUAGAUUUUGAUGAAGGAGAACAACGUAAAGAAACUUUAACAAGAAGAAGACGAUGGAUUAGACAAUGUGAAAAAAUAGCUUAUUAAUUUCAUAAAUAAAUAAAUAGAUGACGCUUUAUUUCAUG